AGUGCCGAGCUGCUCUCGGCCGGGUUUAAGUAACGCAGAAGUGGCUGAAACUCGUUUCUCCUCUUUUUCCGUUUUCAGAAAGACACCACCAGACGCACAGCCACACGGAGCACAGGUCUCUUCUCUGGAAACUUCUUUUUUUUUAAUUUAACAGCUCCUCGCACAGAGCCAGGAAAAGGACAGAAAAAUGCCUAAAGCGGUCAAUGUUCGCGUCACCACCAUGGACGCUGAGCUGGAGUUUGCCAUCCAGCCCAGCACCACAGGAAAGCAGCUGUUUGACCAGGUGGUGAAAACCAUUGGCUUACGUGAGGUCUGGUACUUCGGACUGCAGUAUAUGGACGGCAAAGGUUACUACACUUGGCUGAAACUGGACAAAAAGGUGUCGUCCCAGGACGUGAAGAAAGAGAACCCACUCCAGUUUAAGUUUCGGGCCAAGUUCUUCCCAGAGGAUGUGGCAGAGGAGCUGAUCCAGGACAUCACCCAGAAGCUCUUCUUCCUGCAGGUGAAGGAGGGCAUCCUGAGCGACGAGGUCUACUGUCCACCAGAGACCGCCGUGCUGCUCGCCUCCUACUCUGUCCAGGCCAAGUUCGGGGACUACAACAAAGAGGUCCACCGGCCCGGAUACCUGCUGUCCGAACGACUGCUGCCACACAGAGUCCUGGAGCAGCACAAGUUAUCCAGAGAGCAGUGGGAGGAGAGGAUUCAGGUGUGGCACGAGGAGCACCGUGGCAUGUUGAAGGAGGACGCCAUGCUGGAGUACCUGAAGAUCGCCCAGGACCUGGAAAUGUACGGCGUCAACUACUUUGACAUCAAGAAUAAGAAGGGAACAGAGCUGUGGCUUGGAGUGGACGCCUUGGGACUCAACAUUUAUGAGAAGGACGACAAAUUGACCCCGAAGAUCGGCUUCCCCUGGAGUGAGAUCAGAAACAUUUCCUUCAACGAUAAGAAGUUCAUCAUCAAGCCCAUUGACAAAAAAUCUCCGGACUUUGUGUUUUAUGCUCCGAGACUGCGUAUAAACAAGCGCAUCCUGCAGCUGUGCAUGGGCAACCACGAGCUGUACAUGCGCCGCCGCAAGCCCGACACGAUUGAGGUGCAGCAGAUGAAGGCCCAGGCCCGAGAGGAGAAGCAGCAGAAACAGAUGGAGAGGGCCCAGCUGGAGAAUGAGAAGAAGAAGAGAGAGGCCAUCGAGAAAGAGAAGGAGCAGAUGGAGCGAGAGAAGCAGGAUCUGAUGAUGAGGCUCUACCAGUUUGAGGAGAAGACCAAGAAGGCAGAGAAAGAUCUGCAGGACCAGCUGCAGAGAGCCAUGAUGCUGGACCAGGAGCGGAGGAGAGCCGAGGACGAGGCGGCUCGUCUGGAGGCAGAGCGUCAGGCUGCCCUGCUGGCUAAAGAGGAGCUCGCCCGCCAUGCUGAGGACCAGAAGAAGAGUCAGGAACAGCUGGCCGCAGAGCUGGCAGAGCACACAGCCAAGAUCACCCUGCUGGAGGAGGCCAAGAGACGCAAGGAGGAGGAGGCCGACACAUGGCAGCUCAGGGCCAGGGAGGCCCAGGACGAUCUGGUCAAGACUAAAGAGGAGCUGCACAUGGUGAUGACGGCGCCCCCACCGCCUCCCCCUCCUCCCAUGUACGACCACCUGGACGACAACAGCGACAGCGAGGAGAACGCCAGCACGCACAGCGCCGACCUGCAGACCGAAGGCAUCAAUGACCACCGCAAUGAGGAGGACCGCCUGACUGAGGCUGAGAAGAACGAGCGCGUCCAGAAACAGCUGAAGGCCUUGACCUCAGAGCUGGCUCAGGCGCGUGAUGAAUCCAAGAAUACCCAGAACGACCUUCUUCACUGUGAGAACGUCCGGGCCGGCCGAGACAAAUACAAAACCCUGCGACAGAUCAGGCAGGGCAACACCAAGCAGAGGAUCGACGAGUUCGAGGCCUUAUAAGAAGCCCUCGGCCCUCGGCCAUGUACCCUUUCUGAAUGGUCACUACAUCUCGCUCCUUGGCUGACACACAUUGACACACACCCGAUACACUCAAACGACUCACACACACACACAAGUUGCAGACUUAACUGGAGCAGUAUAAGCACGGCAGAAGCAUCACUUACCUGUGUUAUGGGUUUGUCUGGCAGGAUGCAGGGCUUUGCGAAUCCUUCGAAGAAAACUUAGUGCCAAACCCCCCCCCCCUCUCUUCUUAGUGUUUCAGAUCUUAUUUGUGUAUUUGAUUGUGUAAUCUGAUCAAUUCAGACCAAAUCAUUAUUGUUUUUAACCAGAGGUGUGAUGAAGUAGUGGGGCUAGCCAAAUUUUUAUUAUUAUUUCAUGAUGUGCACAUAGAAUAUAUGUAAUCAAAGCCUGGCUUCUUUUUGAUGUCUGUCAUUUGUUGUGUAGGAAGAAAAGGACAGUUUGUCGUUCAUGGCGACCACUCAGAAAGGGGAAAACAGUAUAGGCAGAAAAAUGUAUGUUUGUUUUUGUUUUCCAUUAUAUUUGAACACUUCCAUUUAUGUUUAAUACUGCUAUACAGUAGUUUAAAUCAUGCCUAGUUAGAUAUUUAUACUGUAUAUGGGACAUUUAAAAAAAAAAAAAAA